AUGGGCUCCGAGUUUCAUGGCGCAGUUGACCGUAUAAAAUGUUCCACUCGUGGUUUGGCGGCUUCGCUCUUGCUCGUCUUGCUGGCCAUUACGCUCUUGAGUCGGUGCUGGUCGCCUACAAACGAAACGAGUGCUGGUCACUCCCAAACAAAUCCUACGAUGCUCAAGUCACUCACCUUCUUCGAGCUGCCGAAAGUCAAGGUCCCCAUGCCGCAGUCCCUCUUCGUCUUGACCGUAGCCUCGCUUCUGGGCGCCUCUGUAUCACUAAUCGUAUCCAUGCUCGACCUGGGCGUACUUUCGCUGUAUGUGACGCCCCCAGUCUCCGCAAUCACCAUCAUCUUCCUAUCCGUUGUGCUCGUAGUCGCACAUCGUAAACGGGAAGAAGGCUAUCCGAGCUAUUACUCCACGACGAUAUUGUGCGCCUACAUCGUAUCCAUAGGAUGGCUCGUGGGGUUUAUCACGACAAUGGUGGUACUUGUGAAGGGUGAAGCUGUUGGAUACCAGGUGAACACGCUUAAUAUGCAAGGCGUCGCGGCCAAUGCCCACACGCAGCGCUUGCAAUGUUUUCUUACAUUCGUGGAAUUCACCUUGGUGGGGGGGCUGGGUUUAUGUGGGCACUUGAUAGCGAGGAAAGAGGGGGAACCGGAUAGUUGGAGACCCAUGGCAGAGGUCACGGAGACUACGACCAAGGAGGCCGAGGAAGGAGACUUUAUUUGA